AUGUGGUUACUCGUCUACUGCAACGAUUCCAAAACGUAUUCGGUAAUCAAUAGCGCUGAUUUACCCGAUUAUGAACUCGAAAUCGGUGCCAUGGUCAAUGUGGUUCAAAGUGCUGAGGUUGUAUUCAUGAGCCCAAACAGGGCGAUCUGCGAACGACAAUGUGGUGUCUUGAAAAAGACCCCAUCACUCUACAAACCGAGCGCUUCUCGUCCAGCGUUGCUACACUCAGAAUCAGCUCAAAAGGAUGUUAUCGAAUCGAAACUCGACCGUAUUAUCGCCUAUCUGACCAGCUUUGAACUGCGGCUUCACAAAAUAGCUGAUCGUCAGCUGAGAAUGGAAAGGGAUCUGGCAACCCUGACCGGUAGUAGUCCAGUGUGUGAGCAUUCAGCACCGCCUCCGCUUCCUCCACCACCCAAACAUGAUGUCCGGGAUCGGAGCCCUGGUCUACCGAGACCAUCGAAAACACUGACAUAUCCCUAUCGUCUGACGCGGGAAAUGGUGGACGAUUAUUAUCGAUCAAAACGCUCGGCAACAGCGUUCGUUCGGGCUAUCGAAAGGGAACUGUUCCUCGAUGAAGCUGAUCGUGAUGUCAAUCUGGAUAAACGCUCAAAUCAGGGAAAGGUCCGAUGGCUCCGCGAUCUCGUUCGGGAAUGGUAUCCAUCACCGACAUUCAGCGCAGAAGCAUCUCUAUGGUCGGCCUGCCAAAUUGCCAUCAACGACUAUCAUCGAAAGAAGCGAAAAGCCACUGGUAUGUAUUCAUCGAAUGCGGAAUCAUCGUUGGAACGUCCAUCGUAUUCGGAUAGUCCCGAAUGGUUGGAACCACCUCCAGCAAAGUAUGCUCGUGAAGAAGAUGAUGAUUCUCCGCGGAUCAUAACGCCCAGUGAUUUUGACGAUAUGAAAAAUGAGCUCAGUGAGAAAGCUGUGCCGGGAGAAACUUUCUCGCCGGCCGAUGGCCAAGAGUUGUUCCUCAUCCUGUCCAGGUCCGGACCCACGUUACUGUACAGCGUGGUUGGUACAAUUGACUGUUUUGGCGUCUAUGGUGUAAGGGUGACCGAUACACACAAGUACAUGGCCGUUACAGAAGAAACCAGUAGAAAUUUUCGGGCUGUUGGGAUCGGACAGGAAGGACGUCUGGCUCAUAUCUGUCAAGAUUCCAUCAACAUCACGGUCGUUCCCAAAAAGACCUUCAUGUUCGGCUUCCCCGAUUUCCAAGGAAACCAUUUGGAGAUUUGCGUCAAAAGAUUUUUCGUGGGAACGGAGACGCGACAGAAAGUAAUGCCGUUUACGACAAUGUCGCCCACUCCCAAUUACGAAGACACUGAAGGAUUUGUUGAAACUGCUACCAUCUCAGCCCAUGAUUGCUCACCCACGAUGAUAUCUGGGAAAUGCGCUUCGAACAACUUCGGACAUGACUAUCUCGAAUCCUACUGGUAG